CAUGUCCCGACACCUCAAUGCCGAUUUACUGACAAGUGACACUGAUUACCCCUCCGGAGUAACUUUUUGCAGCCAGGUAAAGGAGUGGGCAAAAGACAAACUUGCAGAUCAGGCUGCCGGCAUUACUGAUGUUAUACAAGAGAAAGGAGAAUCA